CAGGAACAUGAUGCUCUCAAUGCAAAUUAUACUUUUCUCAGUAGUGCCACUGGCCUUGGCCAAUUUAGAUGAAAAUUCUGCCAAAAUACUGCAAAUGCAUAAUGAAUUUCGUCAACAGAUACUCGAGUGUAAAGUGAAGGGACAACCAUCAGCUAAGAGAAUGCCUCCACUCGCGUGGGAUGACGAACUGGCUAGUCUAGCGGAGGAAUUAGCAAAAUCUUGUACAUUUGCUAACAAAAUUCCGGAAAGCAAAAGAUUCAAACCAGUUGGACAGAAUAUUGCUAGUUGUGGAAGUGUCGAAGAUGUUAUAAAAAGAUGGUUCGGUCAACAUAUUUCGUAUAAUUUUAAAGAUCAUCGGUGCACUCACCGAUGCAGACAGUACAUGCAGAUGGUUUUCGAAAAUACUACACAUAUUGGAUGUGCAGUCAACGAAUGUCCAUACGCUACAAAAUACACUUUGUUCAUAGUUUGUAAUUAUGGUCCAGGAGCAACAUUCGUUAACAGACCAUAUGAAGCGAAGAAAAUCAAUGAAGUAUGUCCUGUGGAAACGACUAAAUUAACUGUUCAACCGGAGCAAACAUACUGGGAGCCUGCUACGAUCAUUUCGAAAUAUAACGAAAUAAAAAACAAAAAUAAUUAUAAUUACUGAUAUAUAUAUGUUAUAAAGUCUGUUUAACCCAAAACAAGCACAUUUUUCAAAUAUAUAAUGGUGUUUAAA